AAAUUCGCAAGUGUGAUGGUUGAAAUUUGGCAACAUCUGAAUUUAAAACCGCGAAGUUGUAUUUUUUUGCGAGACUUCCGCACAUGCCCCAAGUGGGACACACAUAUUCAAGGAAACACAAUGAGCUAUCAACUAUAUCGAAACACAACAUUGGGCAAUAGCCUUCAGGAGAGUCUUGACGAGUUGAUACAGUCACAGCAAAUCUCGCCACAGCUUGCACUGCAAGUUUUGCUUCAAUUUGAUAAGGCUAUUAAUUCUGCUUUAGCCACAAAAGUAAAGAACAGAAUUAAUUUCAAAGGACGCCUAAAUGUAUAUCGUUUUUGUGAUAAUGUCUGGACAUUUGUACUGAAUAAUGUCACCUUUCGUGAAGUUGGUGACUCAAUAAAAGUUGAUAAAGUAAAGAUUGUAGCCUGUGAUGGAAAGGAAUCCAAGGGGGGUACAGAUGAGUGACAUGGCGCAAUCUACCACCUUUGCAUAUUUUUGGGUUAUGUAUUUAUUUUUAUUGUGAAGGCAUUAUAUAUUUUGCCAAACUUUUUUUAUUUCUGUUUUUGAGUUUGAUUUGUAGGGUUAUUUUUUUUAUUGUUUCUUCGAAAAAGUGAAUUAUGAAGUACGAGUCACAAUCCUAAAGUUUUAUUCAGUCUCCGUAUUUUUUGUUACUUCUAAAGUUACCCUACCAAAUUUUCUGCUACCUGUUGCACUACAAUUGUGUAACUUAUGUUGUUGUGUUAUUUGCAAAAGCUUGUGUAUGAAUCUUUUUACCUUUUAAUAAAAUCUUUAUUUUUUCUGUGAUGUAUGUGGAAUUAUAAGCAUGCUAAAAAACAAUUGCUCCUAUGAAUGAUAAUUUGGAUAACUAAAUAUUAUUAUUCAUAGGUAAAAAUGUAUUUACAUCACCAGAUACCAGAUACAAAUUUAAGCUAUACCUUAAAAGACCUUGUAAUAACACCUCAUUCAUAUCAAAUAACAUGCCAUGCAUGAUUAUCAAGACUUCUAAAGCCAAUCAAAAAUUUUCAAAAAAAUAGAAAGUUUAUAGACAAUUCUUCAGGCUCAUUCGUAUGAAAACAGCUUGUUUUUUAGGAGGUAAGCUUUAAAUAUACUAUUUGAAAAAUAGAAGCAUAAAUUUAAAUAGAUUUUAUUAACUGCUUGAUUUUACAAAAACUUCCGUGUAUUCAUAUAUGUUGUUUAUCAUAUCGGGUUACAAUUUUUUAUCUUAAUUUGAAAAUUGAUUUAGUGUUUAGUGUUUGAAAAACUUUGAAGUUACGGUUCUAAUUUACCUAUGAUCAGAGGGUCCUGUGACUUCAUGAUCUUUAACUGAUUAGUGUGUGUGGUUGAAAAGAGAAGUCUUUUAGGUGAAUUAUUUAAAUGGAAAUUGUAAAACGCAAAUAUAGGUACAUUUCAUUUCUUAUAUGGUAAAUCCCCUUCAAUUAAAGUUUUGACCUAGAGGAGGUGUUUAUUAGGAAUGCCCUUAUACAUGUGAUAACAAAUUUAUUAGAAAACUAACAUGUUUUUUAUAUUUUUUGCAGUUUCCAUCUUUUUAUAAAUGUGGUAUAUAUAAACUGAAUAACUGAGAAAAAAUUUAUUAUCUUUAUUGAUGAUCUUUGUGAAGAGAUAAUAAUGUUUCUUAUUC